CGCAGAUUGGAGAGUAGGGCGAGUCAGAUGGGGUUCAGGGUUUCGCUGGGGAUUUUAGCGUAAUCCUUCCUUGCGGCGGAACCACCAUUUGCACAAAUUGAAGAGCCAGCACCGGCGAAGAGAGAAAAGAGAGAGGAGAAGCAAACUUUGGCCGCAGCUAGCACUCGAUCUAUACGGCUUAAUUGUCGGUCUCCGUUUCCAACUACCCUGGAGCAGCUGGUUAAACCAGAACUCGGCGUCGGCAAAUUCAGCAUCACUAACUGCUACAGUGAGGCUGAGCGAGGAUGGCGGAAGUUAUGGUCAUAAAAGAUGUAGAGGCGUUGGCUGCGGAGUGGGGAAUCGACACAUCGCAAUUAGAUUACGAUUCUAUAGAGCUGCCGCGGGGCGAGGAUUUCGGCAUCAUCAGUGACGAUGAAGAUGUCUAUCAAGAGGAACAGCUCGAUUCGGACACGGGGUUCGGCAACGUUAUAGUUGUGGAUAAUCUUCCCGUUGUUCCGUUGGAGAAAUUCGAGAAACUUGAAGGGGUUGUCCGCAAGAUUUACAGUCAGAUUGGGGUAAUUAAGGAGGAUGGCCUCUGGAUGCCCGUUGAUUCUAAGACCAACAAAACCUUAGGCUACUGCUUCAUUGAAUACAACACUCCUCAGGAAGCGGAACUGGCUAAAGAAAAGACCAAUGGGUAUAGGCUGGAUAAGUCUCAUUUUUUCGCUGUCAAUAUGUUCGAUGAUUUCGACAGAUUUAUGAGAGUUCCAGAUGAAUGGGUAGCUCCAGAAAUCAAGCCAUAUGUUCCUGGGGAAAAUCUCCAGCAGUGGCUGACAGAUGAAAAGGCAAGGGAUCAGUUUGUUAUUCGUGCUGGCACAGAUACUGAGGUUUUCUGGAAUGAUGCCAGACACUUGAAGCCUGACCCUGUCUACAAGCGGGCGUUCUGGACUGAGGGUUAUGUUCAGUGGUCUCCACUUGGAACCUACCUUGCCACAGUUCACCGGCAAGGAGCUGCUGUUUGGGGUGGUGCGGAAACUUUCAAUCGACUUAUGCGUUAUGCACAUCCUCAGGUUAAACUGAUCGACUUCUCCCCGGGUGAGAAAUAUUUGGUUACCUACAGCAGUCAUGAACCAAGCAAUCCACGUGAUGCAAAUAGGGUUAUAAUAAAUAUCUUUGAUGUAAGAACUGGAAAAGUGAUGAGAGAUUUUAAAGGCAGUGCUGACGAAUUUGCUAUUGGGGGAGCUGGUGGUGUUACUGGUGUUUCAUGGCCUGUUUUCCGCUGGGGUGGUGGAAAGGAUGAUAAAUAUUUUGCUAAACUGGGGAAGAACAUGAUAUCUGUGUAUGAAACCGAGACUUUCAGCCUCAUUGACAAGAAAUCCAUGAAGAUUGAAAAUGUGAUGGACUUCACAUGGUCUCCAGCUGAUCCAAUCUUUGCACUCUUUGUUCCUGAACUUGGUGGUGGGAACCAACCUGCUAGGGUUAGUCUUGUUCAAAUUCCUGGGAAACAGGAAUUGAGACAAAAGAACCUUUUCAGUGUCAGCGAUUGCAAAAUGUACUGGCAGAGCUGUGGGGAGUAUCUUGCUGUGAAGGUGGACAGGUACACCAAAACAAAGAAGAGCACAUACACAGGGUUUGAGCUUUUUAGAAUCAAAGAACGUGAUAUCCCUAUCGAGGUCUUGGAGCUUGAGAACAAGAAUGAUAAGAUCAUUGCUUUUGCCUGGGAGCCUAAGGGUCACAGAUUUGCAGUUAUUCAUGGUGAUGGUCCUAGGCCUGAUGUAAGCUUCUAUUCUAUGAAGACUGCUCAACACUCUGGUCGCGUCUCCAAACUCACUACUCUCAAGGGAAAGCAGGCCAAUGCACUCUUUUGGUCUCCUAGCGGGCAUUAUGUCAUCCUGGCAGGAAUGAAGGGUUUCAAUGGUCAGUUGGAGUUUUAUAAUGUUGAUGAGCUUGAAACCAUGGCUACUGCUGAGCAUUUCAUGGCUACUGACGUCGAAUGGGAUCCUACCGGAAGGUAUGUUGCUACAGCUGUCACCUCAGUUCAUCAUGAAAUGGAAAAUGGAUUCAAUAUAUGGUCCUUCAACGGGAAACUCCUCUAUAGGACACUCAAGGAUCAUUUCUUCCAGUAUCAAUGGCGCCCAAGGCCGCCUUCUUUCUUGAGUGCUGAAAAGGAGGAAGAGGUUGCAAAGAACUUGAAGAAGUACAGCAAGAAGUACGAGGCGGAGGACCAGGAUGUGUCGUUGCAGUUGAGCGAACAAGACAGGGAGAAGAGACGGUUGUUGAAGAGCGAGUGGGAACAAUGGGUGAACCGUUGGAAGCAGAUGCACGAAGAAGAGAAAUUGGAGAGGCAGAACUUGAGGGACGGAGAGGCCAGCGAUGAAGAAGAGGAGUACGAGGCCAAGGAAGUCGAAGUGGAGGAAGUUUUGGAUGUUUCAGAGGAGGUGGUUUCAUUUGAAUAUGGACAGUAGUUGUAGUAAGCAUGUGCUUGCAUUGCAUGCAUGGGCUAUAUGCAACAUGCAUUAAGUUGCUGUUUCUGAUUCAGCUUCAGUUUUUUCUUGUCUUUGAUCACUACCUCUCUUUAAGGGUAUUCGAGAAGACAUUGCUGCAAUCUCGCAUGUACUUUAGUGAUCCCUGCUGAGAUCCUGGCUCAAAUUUUGUUAGUUUGCUGAGGCGUAAGUUUUGUUACUUGCUCUCCGCAUUACUUUGAUGCAGUUUUUCAAGUAUCCGCAGUUUUUCGUUGAAUGGAGAACUUGGGUUGUCUUGAUGAGUAUGUAAAUAAGCUAUAGCAGUAUUACCUAACUGAAAGUUGGCUAAAAUACAAUGCUUGGGAUGUG